GCCUUGAGCUGCUAAAGUCUGCAGCAGUUAAUGAGAACAUGGGAGACGGCACUUCAGAAGCUCUACAGCAACUGCAGCCUGUUGAUGAGAACAUGGGAGACGGCACUUCAGAAGCUCUACAGCUUUUGCCUGAUCCUGAGGACCUUUGUUCUAUUAACCUUAGCAUCCAGCUAGUCUGUAUCCAGUAUAUUAGGAUUGCUUGCCCAUUACUUUGUGUACUAUGAUAUUUAUGCAGAGAGACUGAUGACAUAAUUUACAUAAUAGAAUGACAGAACCUGAUGGCUUGAUACAGAUUUCUGUACACACCAAAAGACAUGUUACUUCAUGCACCAAUGAUUGUUUUAUUUCUUUUUUCAGCAGGCCACUGCUACACCUGACAGCAGAUGUGAGUUAAUGGAGGUUCUGGUGUUGACUGAUUCUGAACUGGACCCUUCAGAUGUACCACCACACACAGAUCUGAUUGGGACCCAGGCUGAUGUGGUGGAUGGUGCUGAUGAUGUCCUUGAGCUGCUAAAGUCUCCAGCAGUUCAUGAGAACACGGGAGAAGAGGCAUCAUUAGCCCCACAGCAGCUGCAGCCCACUGGAACUAGCAAUAAAAUGAGUGUGGAGACGAAAGCUCAUGAGCUGAAAGUGGAUUCCAGUCAGACCUCACAGCCAUCUCCUAACCAUCAGCAAGUUGAGGUGCAAAACCUGGUGCACUCUGUGGUCAAGGAAUUGUGGGUGAUGCACGACCUUGGAGGAGAAGGUCCAAGGGUUCUAUCUGGAAAGCACAAGCCAGUUCCAUCUGAACUUUUUAUACAAAGUUUAACCUGCGCUCAACAUCUCACGAUGACCACCAGGCGCAAUUACUGCAAGCAUAUCUAUGAACUGUGCUGGGAGAUGCUUUUGGAUAUCUUUCCCGACGAUUCAAAACCCGCUUGGUGCAGGCCAAAACCUAAGUUUGAUAUGAGCAAGAUAAAAUCCUUGCGUGAUGUUCAGGACUACGUAACCAGAAAGGUCUUCAGACUGUGUGGAAUGCCAACUCCAAAACACAUGGAAAAGACACAGUUUCAUAUUGAAAACGAAAUUACUAAGUCUAUAACCUUAUAUUGAUCAAUUAAAUGAAAAUGAGAAAGAAGACAUCAACAUGAAGAUCUGGUUUGAUAAUCCACAUGUGGCUCAUACUUUUUCAC